GUUGGAGUCUCAUUCAAACUCGAAAUUGCUUUCAUAGCCCCUUCCGUUUAUCUGGCGCAUAGUUUGAACGACGAUACUGUGUAAACAGUGUUUAGACAGGCCAAACGUCUCCAGUUACUUUGACGUGGUUUUAUAUACUUGAAGAUUAUCUCAAAUUAUUUGUGAUUGAACGACUAUAGAGACUGGUUACAGUCUUUUGAGAACAAGCGUCCUUUGAACCUUUUCUACAAACGAGGUCAAUGGCGUUUUCUUUGUCCUCGACGUGUGCGUCCCCUUUCGACGAAGGGGAAGAUAUGGCUGUGUUUGAGUCAACUGCAGCAGACUAUGGAGGCUUGGGUAUGCCACGUCUUCCUGAGCUCUCAGUCAUAUCACCGGGCCUGGACACCCGGCCUUCCACCGUUGGACCGGAAUUGGCUUCCAAACCUGCUGUGACGAGGCAAGGAAGUGGAGGCAAAGGCGACACGGACAGGGUGAAAGUCUUCCUGCGUAUAAGACCCCUCACAGAGUUGGAGAGAGAGAGGGGUGAAGAACAGGAAUGUGUGGAUGUACAAGAUGAAGAGACUUUGCUGCUCAAAGCUCCCAAGUGCUCACAAAACAUGAAGAUGGCAGAGAGGGGCAUCUCUCAGAGCAUGCACAAGUUCACUUUUUCCAAGAUUUGUGGACCGGAGACAACACAGCAAGACUUUUACGAGAGCACCAUGAAGGAGAUGGUCAAAAAUGUUCUUCGGGGAGAGAAUAGACUCCUGUACACUUACGGCGUCACCAAUUCCGGAAAGACUUACACUAUUCAAGGCACCGGUCGCGACGCAGGCCUCCUCCCCAGAGCUUUAGUGUCUCUGUUCCGAAAACUGCAGGGUCGUUUGUAUGGCGCCAUGGACCUGAAGCCUGUCUUGUACCAGGACGUGAGACAUCUGGAACCCUCUGAGGUCAGGGUGGAGGAAAUGCGCAGAAACUCUCUGCUCAAAGAGGAUGAGAACCCGAGUUCAUGUCGAGGUGGAAACACGACAACGUGGGACAGCGGCAUUGGGGGACUUUCGGUUACAAGCCACAUUGCUACCCAACUGGAAGACAGCGUGUGUCUGGAGCCCGACGGCCUCUCCCACAGCGGCGGAGACGACCUUGAGGAAGGGCUGCAGUUCUCCAUCUGGGUGUCCUUUUACGAGAUCUACAACGAGUUCCUGUACGACUUACUGGACGCCGCGUCCUCUCUGCAGCCGAGAAAGAGGGUCACGCUGCGACUUAGCGACGACAAGCACGGCAAUCCCUACGUGAAGGACCUCACAUGGGUUCAGGUCCGGAGUGCAGAGGAAGCUUGGAAGAUUCUGAGAACCGGACAUCGAAACCAAAGUUUUGCCAGCACACAUCUCAACCAAAACUCGAGUCGUAGCCAUAGCAUUUUCUCCAUUCGUGUCCUGCACAUCCGCCCAAAUGCAGAAUCUGGUCAGAACAUGCACCUCAGCGAACUGACUGUGUGUGAUCUAGCUGGGUCGGAACGCUGCAAAGAGCAGCGCAACGGUGAACGGAUGAAGGAGGCAAACAACAUCAACACCUCCCUUCUGACCCUGGGCCGCUGUAUCGCUGCUCUGAGACACAACCAGACCAACAAGUCACGGCCACCUCAAGUGGUGCCCUUCAGGGACAGCAAGCUGACGCGGGUGCUUCAGGGUUUCUUUUGUGGCCGAGGAACAUCCAGCAUGGUGGUCAACAUCAACACGUGCGCCUCCAUCUAUGAUGAGACUCUCCAAGCCCUCAAGUUCUCGGCUAUCGCUUCCCAACUGGUCCAUGGACCCUCCACAAAAACCAGAGUGGCGUAUAUACUGUCCCUGUUGCGUGAGCCAGCGAAUGGGAAUGACAGCACCGUGUUGGAAGGGGAUGCAGACGAGAGCGAUGUUGAGGAUGGCGAUAUCACCUUGUUGAACACCGAGUCUUUGCUGCAGGCCAUUGACGUCCUGAAGCGAGAGGUGCAGCGCCAGCGGCAAGAAAAAGAACUUCUCGAGGCUAACGUGAGGGAGCAGGUUGUCGCAGAGAUGAUGGAGGUCAUUUCCAGAAUGCAAGAUGAUUUCAGUGAGACCUUGGAAGCAGAGCGGGCUCUGAUUGAAGAGCGCUGCGAGGACAAAAUAACAAACCUACAGAAACACUUGAAGAAAUUCUAUAGCGAAGAGUUAAAGGAGCGUGAUCAGGAGAUUGAAGAACUGGCGGUUGCCCUGGAGCGAAAGAUGACGAGUGAGGCGGGCCCUCCGCCCCAGCAAGAACUUGAGGGGCCCCGGCGGUCUCAGCGCCUCAGCACCCAGAGAAGAGAAGACGCGCGACUGCGGGAAGAGCUCGAACUGUGUCGUGCUGAGCUGCUAAGCAAGACGCGGGAGGUGUCGCAGCUAAAACUGCAGCUGGAAGCACCAGGCACUGCAGGCGCCAACGCUGCCGUCCGCAAGCUGGUAGAGGGACAAAAGAACCUGCGUCAGCUGCGCUCGGAUUUGCAGAAGCUCGGCUCCGACUUGCAGUCUGGCGAACGGGCCUGCUGCCGCAACACGGGCGGUGAGAGGCUGCGGCAGGCAUUAGCUGCGGCGGAUGAAACGCUACUCAAGCAGGACCAGAUCCUGGUGGAGCUCCAGAACGGCCUGACGCUCGUCAAGGCUGACUUGAGGCGCAAGGUCGAGACCCCCGUUCAGGCGCAGGCCGUCCAGUCUCUCCCGGUGCCCCGCCUGGGCUUUGCCACGCCCACUUCUUGCAAGAAGCGGGGAUGUGCUGCCGUGGCGGCCAGUAACUCUGAGAACAAGCCUCCUCAGAAGAGGCCCUUUUACCACUCUUUGUUCCCCGCUUGCACGCCAACGCGCAAAUACAACACGCGCAACGCCGUGGACACUGCCCAAACCCCGUACUCGCAGAUCCUGAGGUCACGCCAGCAGUCUCCGCCGGCGACUCCUAUCCCUACCCCUCGCCGCCUACGAGGCAAGUACUAAGCUUGUUCACGCUUCAUCGGCUGUUUGUGUGUGUAUAUUGACGGUUUUGGUUUGGUUACCUUAGUACAGUUCUGAUGUUCAACCAAGGAGGAAAAACUUU